AUGAGUCGCCAGAGUGCUGCUAAACUCUACAAUGUCCCUGAAACAACACUUCGGAAUCGAAUGAACAGUUUAACCCCACUACAGGAAUAUCGACCACCAACUCAAAAAUUAACUAAAUUAGAAGAAGAAGUGAUUCUUCAAUAUAUCCUCGAUAUAGAUAUACAAGGAUUUGCCCCUCGAUUGAGUGGUGUGGAAGAUAUAGCGAAUGAUAUUCUCGAUACUCGUGAAGCACACUACGUUGGAAAGCUCUGGGCGCAUCGAUUCGUACAACACUGGCCAGAAUUAAAGACGCGUUUUAAUCGUGUUUAUGAUUUCCAAAGAGCUCUUUGCGAAGAUCCAAAGCUUAUUGAAGGGUGGUUUCGAUUAGUAUCGAAUAUGCAGGCGAAAUACGGUAUUCUCGAUUGCGAUUUCUACAAUUUCGACGAAACAGGCUUUAUGAUGGGUAUUAUAUGCCCUGGGAUGGUUGUAACUAAUGCUGAACGACAUGGCAGAAACAAAGCAAUACAGCCAGGUAAUCGAGAAUGGGCUACAGCGAUUGUAUGCAUCAAUGGUAUAGGAGAAAGCAUUCCUCCAUUUUUAGUGAUUAAGGGCAAAAAUCACCUCUCGAGUUGGUAUACUGAGAGUGAUCUCCCACUUGAUUGGGUGAUUAAAGUCACUAAUAAUGGAUGGACGAACAAUGAGACAGGUUUAGAGUGGAUUAAACACUUCGAUAAGCAUACUAUUGCUCGAAAACAAGGUGGUUAUCGAAUGCUAGUAUUAGACGGACACGAAAGCCACGAAUCGAUUGCAUUUCAAGAAUAUUGCAAAGAACACAAUAUUAUAACUCUUUCAUUACCUUCUCAUUCUUCGCAUAUUACUCAAUCAUUCGAUAUCGAAUGUUUUAGUGUUUUAAAACGAACAUAUGGCCAACAAAUUGAGAGGUAUAUUAAGGCUUAUAUCAACCAUAUCACCAAGGUCGAAUUCCUUAUAGCCUUCAAAGCAGCAUACCUACAAUCAAUAACUAUUCAAAAUGGAUUAUCUGGAUUCCACGGAGCUGGAUUAAUACCCUUUGAUCCUCAAGCUGUUAUUUCUAAGCUAGAUAUCAAAUUACAAACAUCUACGCCUACCAGAUCCUCCUUUGUAGAGCUCGAUCCUUGGGUUUCUCAAAUACCUCACAACUCGAACGAUACUCUUUCGCAAUCAACCUUAGUUAAAAAUCGAAUUGUACAAUAUCAAGGAAGUUCUCCUAUAUCUAUAUUUGAAACAGUUACAGCUUUAACUAAGGGUACAGAGAUAUUAGCUUAUGAGAUGAUACUUAUAAGUGCUGAGAUUCGUACUCUUCGAAAGGCAAAUGAGGUAUUGAGUAAACGUUGUAAAGCUAAAAAGAGUCGAAUUCGUUAA